AUGCCAGUCAUUCCUCCAGAGAGGCCGAUCCAACGGAUUCCCAACGACAGGUUUCCGACCAACCCAUAUGGUAUACAAGAAUACUUUCUGUGCUUUGCUACGUUGCUUUUCACUGCCAUUCACGUGGCUGGCUGGAGCUUUGAAUUUCCAAGCCGCAUCGAGCGCCUGCUCUGGCAUAUCUGCUCGCUUCUCCUCUUCGGUAUUACUGCUGCAUUCUGGAUCUUUGAGACCGCAGCGUCCUGGACACGCCUGGGCCGUUGGAGGACGAUAUAUCUAUUCGUCUUCAACCGAAAAGCGUUGGCAGAACACAAGAUUCGUCUCGCUCGACGAUCGGCCACAAUGAAGAGAAAGUCCGAGCAAUUGCCGGUGCCCUGGGAGUUUGCAACGAUAACGCCAUUGGCGAUCAUAUAUGGGGUGGCCCGAUUCUAUUUAAUUGCAGAGGCGUUUGCAGAGUUGAGAAACGUGCCAGGGACAGCAUACCUCAACGUACAAUGGACGGAUUUCAUUCCACACAUAUAA